AAUGAAGAAAUGGGGAGUGUAAUCUUUAAUCAAAAUCAAAAUAUUUCAUCUCAAGACAUAAUACAAAUAUCCAUAAGAAAAAAAGUAGAUGAUUUAUCAGAGUAUCCUAAAUUAGAUGAGGGUGAAAUUUUAGAUGGCUGA